AUGGCUAUUGAGGAUUCAUCUUCUCCCAAUGGCCUCCGUCUGGUGAUAAAGGACUACCCCUAUGCUGUUGAUGGAUUAGAGAUAUGGAACGCUAUCAAGACAUGGGUCCAUGACUAUGUCUCGUUGUACUAUAUCACAGAUGAUGCAAUUAAAAAAGAUCUUGAACUCCAAGCAUGGUGGAAAGAAGUUGUUGAGAAGGGUCAUGCUGACUUAAAAGAUAAGCCGUGGUGGCCUAAACUACACACUCGCGAAGAGCUUAUUCAAUCUUGUAGUACCAUCAUAUGGAUUGCUUCGGCUUUUCACGCAGCAGUUAAUUUUGGACAAUAUCCUUAUGGUGGCUUUAUCCUCAAUCGUCCAACUAUAAGCAGAAGAUUGAUCCCAGAAAAAGGAACUCCAGAAUAUGAAGAGAUGGCAAAUAAUGCUCAAAAGGCUUAUUUGAGAACAAUCACGCCAAAGUAUCAGGCUCUUGUUGAUCUUUCAGUGAUAGAAAUAUUAUCAAGACAUGCUUCUGAUGAGGUGUACCUCGGACAGAGGGACAAUCCAAAUUGGUCCUCUAAUCCAAGGGCAAUAGAAGCCUUUAAAAAGUUUGGAAAUAGUCUAGCAGAGAUUGAGACAAGAAUCUCAGAAAGGAACAAUGAUCCAAAUCUUAAAAAUCGAACUGGGCCAGCUCAAUUGCCCUAUACUUUGCUUCUUCCUACCAGUGAAACGGGGUUGACUUUUAGAGGAAUUCCCAACAUUGCAGAAGAUAUAGAGAAUCAAGUAAGAUAUAUAAAAAUGUUUACGAGGUUGAGAAGGUUGUGGAGCAGAAGCCACAAGGUGAAGGGGACGGUGGUGUUGAUGAAGAAGAACGUGUUUGAUUUCAACAACAUAACGAGUGUGAGUGGGAUUAUUGGGACUGGAAUCGACAUUGUUGGCUCAGCAGUUGAUGGUAUCAGUGCCAUAACUGGUAGCUCUGUCAGUAUUCAGCUCAUUAGUGCUACCAAGGCUGAUUCUAAUGGAAAUGGGAUAGUUGGAAGGAAGGCCUAUUUGGAAGGUAUUAUUACCUCCACACCGACUUUGGGAGUUGAGCAAUCUGCAUUUGAUGUUCAGUUCAAAUGGGAUGCUGACAUGGGAAUUCCUGGAGCAUUUAUCAUAAGAAAUAAUAUGCAAGUUGAGUUCUUCCUUGUCAGUUUGACUCUCGAAGACAUUCCUAAUAAAGGAACCAUACACUUUGCUUGCAACUCAUGGGUUUACAAUCAUAAAGAUUAUGAAGAUGAUCGAAUUUUUUUUGCCAACGAGGCAUACAUUACAAGUAAAACACCAGGUCCACUAAUGACGUACAGAGAAGCAGAAUUGAAGAGCUUAAGAGGAAAUGGAAGAGGGAAACGCAAGGAAUGGGACAGAAUUUAUGAUUAUGAUGUAUACAAUGAUUUGGGCAAUCCAGACUGCGGUAAAAACCUUGCUCGCCCUGUUCUUGGAGGAUCUACCACUUAUCCCUAUCCUCGUAGGGGAAGAACUGGUCGAAAACCAACAAAGAAAGACCCCAAAUGCGAGAAACCAGGCAAGGUGUAUGUUCCAAGAGAUGAAAAUUUCGGUCACUUGAAGUCAUCUGACUUCCUUUCUUUUGCGAUUAAAGCUUUAUCUCGUAAUGUCUUACCUUUACUCAAAUCUUUAUUUGAUUUAAACUUCACACCGAAUGAGUUUGGUAGCUUCGAAGACGUACGUGAACUCUGUGAAGGUGGACUUAGGCUCCCUACAGAUAUACUUAGCCAAAUUAGUCCCUUACCUGUGCUCAAGGAAAUCUUCCGCACUGAUGGUGAAAUUAAUGUCCUCAAGUUUUCUAUACCUCAUUUAAUCAAAGCAGUUAAUAAAUCUGCAUGGAUGACUGAUGAGGAAUUUGCCAGAGAGAUGCUUGCUGGUGUUAACCCUUGUGUGAUUCGCUGUCUACAAGAGUUCCCACCACAGAGCAAGCUGGAUCCCUCAGUGUAUGGUGAUCAAACCAGUAAAAUGACUGAACAACACUUGGAGAUAAACCUUGAAGGGUUAACAGCAAUUGAAGGUCAGAGACUAUUCAUAUUAGAUCACCAUGACCUAUUUAUGCAAUUUUUGGGAAGGCUAAAUGCAUCCAAAUCAACAAAAGCUUAUGCCACGAGGACAAUCCUUUUCUUGAAAGAUGAUGGAACCUUGAAGCCAUUAGCCAUCGAAUUAAGUUUACCACAUUCAGGUGGACAAAAACUUGGUGCCCAUAGUAAAGUCAUCUUGCCUGCAAGUGAAGGGGUGGAAGGUACAAUUUGGCUGUUGGCUAAGGCAUAUGUUGUGGUGAAUGAUUCAUGCUAUCAUCAGCUCAUAAGCCACUGGUUGAAUACUCAUGCUGUGAUUGAGCCCUUUAUCAUUGCAACAAACAGGAAUCUCAGUGUUCUUCAUCCUGUUUAUAAGCUUUUAUUUCCUCACUAUCGUGACACAAUGAAUAUCAAUGCACUUGCUCGACAAUCUCUAAUUAAUGCUGAUGGCAUCAUAGAGCAAUCCUUUUUGGGUGAAAAGUACGUUAUGGAGAUAUCUUCAGCAGCAUACAAAGAUUGGGUGUUCCCUGACCAAGCAUUACCAGAUGAUCUUAUCAAGAGGUAA